CAAACUGCUUCAACCACGGCCCCCGCUGCAGCCCUCUGCCGCUGAGAGGCCCCUGAUUUGUGGAUUACCGGAUGGAAAUGUCUGACACGGUCAAACCUCUGACCUCCUUCCUCAUAGAGGACAUCCUCUCCGUUAAGGACGGCACGAUAUCUAAUGGCAAGCGCUGCUCACAGAAGAUGGAAAGAUGUCCACAGUGGAGAGAAGGAUCUGAGGACUUGUCAGAGCCCCUCUGCCCUCAGGGGACAGCAUUUGAAGUGCAGACAGGGUCCCUCGACACCUCCUGUCCCGGCACCUCAGAGUCCAGAAGUUCUUCAUCCCCGGGGAAACAGAAGCGCUCCAGAGCUGCGUUCACGCACCUCCAGGUGCUGGAACUGGAGAAGAAAUUUAACCACCAGAAAUACUUGUCGGCCCCAGAGAGGGCUCACCUGGCCAGCAACUUGAGACUAACCGAGACGCAGGUGAAAAUCUGGUUUCAGAACCGCAGGUACAAGACCAAACGGAAGCAGCAGAGCUCGGAGUUCUGUAAGGACGUGUACAAAGCCGAGGGACUGUCUCUCAGAGACGAGCUCGUCCAGUCCUCCCUGAUCUCUUCCUUCUGUGGAGCUUACCGAUGCAGGCCCUACAUGUGGGACCCCUGGGGGCCCUGGGGGUCCACGUUAUGGUAAAAGGGAAAUUAUGUAUGAAACUGUGAUUUAUAAUCAUAGACCUACUUUUCAUUUCCCCGAUACAAGGUUCACAAUUCUUUGUCAAUUUUAAUUAUUUGUUGUUUUGGCAUUUAUUUUGAGCCUGUGAGUUAUGAGUACUAGUGCGCCAUCUUCAAUGAUUAUUAUUAUUAUUUUUUUUACACAUUCCAUAAUUUUGUAUGCUUUAAGAAGAAUGACAGAAUGACAAAUGUCUUGAUAAUGUAAAUAAUAUGAGCAACCAUUUGAUCACUGAUGUCAGUUGCAUUGUCGCAUCAUAUCUUUGUACUCACCUUUCUUUAAAACUCUGUGUUAAACAGUACAGUACAUUUGUUUUAGACAAUCGCAAAGUUCCCCUCAUGUGUCUCAAGACGAGUUGGACAUCAUUUUGUCUUAUAAUACUGGCGUAUCAAAUGUUUUAUUUUUCACCAAUUAGGUAAAGGUCAGGUAGGUAAAGGUCUGUAGGUGAAAGGUCUGUAGGUAACUGUGAAGCAGCUGAGAAUUGACAGUCGUACUGUAACACUGACAAUGUGAGUGACUCAUGUGGUAAAACUGUGACAACACAGUACAUUUAUGUAAGAAGAUAAGACCGCAUAGAGAUGCUGGUGAUAUUGUGAAUGAAGUAAAUUGAUGGAACACUGGAACUUACCAUUUGUGGUCUGAAACCAUUGAUUUAAAGUUAGUGUGGGAAAUCUGAAAAGGGAAAAUGAUCAGUGGCCAGUGUUGGUUAUGAGGGUUUAUCGGGCCAAAUGUUUAAAUGUACACGUUGUUCUUGUGGCUUUCAAAAGGUUAAUAAUAUUAAUAAGGUUGUCAGAGUUGCAGUGAAUGAACUCAUAUAAAAGUCUAUAAUCUAUCAGACAAUUGCUGAUGAAGUUUUACAUGCAUUGCGACAUUUAAUGUUCCCGUGGACUUUCUACUUUUAGUUCUAUCGACCACCUGCAGGUAGGAGCCACAUCACGAAGGCACCGUGCAGCGCAGCCUCUGUGUUUGUGUUGAUGGGUCUCGUUCCCAGCUCUCCAUCACUGAUAAAGUUGCUAAAUGUUUAUACUUACAUCUGUUCUAUUUUUUGUUCUUGUCCUUGUUGUCUUUUUUAUAUUUUCUUGUAAUUUACGUUGAGACCAAGAAACCAAGAGUCAAAUGUCCAAUAAAGCUGAUUCUGAAUGACA